AUGGGAGGACCAGCGUACGAUUGUCUGACUAACCCUUUCGGAGCCGUCCGAUUCUCCUUCUCAAAUGCUCUUUCUUCGGGAUACGAUCCGGCUUCGUCCGUCGGAAAAGACUGGGGCGUCGUCGAUUUGUUCCGCCACUACUUCUCCGACGAAUCUGCCAUCUCUCAGGUUCCAAUACUUGAUUCGUCAAGUAUCAAGUGGAUACAGCCCAAGACUCUUGUCCGAUACCGUGGAAUGAUACAGGACAUGCUUGGAAAUGAAUUCUAUGCUGGUGCUUACAAGGAUGGUUCAACAUGGAGAACCAAUAAGUACAGUGAUGUCUCACAGUUUCCUGAAGGUUCUUCUUCCUCUGAAAUGCAAGUUUGGGAGCGUCGAUUACUAUACUGUGUUCCAGUUCCGGGACAAAACCAAUGGACUGAAUGUUCUUCUGAGGAGCUAAAGAACCGGUUUUUCAAUCUCACUGGCCAAAACAGAGAAAAGCGUGUGAGGGUGGAUGAAGAAAUGACUGAUUCCAUGGCGACAAAUACUUCAGAAGCUGGGCUUAACGGCUCUCCUUUCAAGAAAUUGAAAGCGGGGGAAGCUACCUCAUCAGCUUCGGAAUCUCAGGUUCCUCGGACUAAUGGUGCUCCACAAAGUUCCGUUAUUCCGCCUGCUACUAGUCAAGAUUCUCUAACUUGUCUUGUGAAGAUUUAUGAUUCUCCAGAGUCAGAAUUGAAGCUGAAUGAUGUGGUUGAAUUCCUCGGAGUGUUGACUUUUGAUCCGGUUACUACGAUGGAUAUGGAUUCACUUGAUGAAAACUCUGAUGAUCUCUCUGAAGCUGAAUCUGUUCAGAUGCCCUCUGGGAAGCUUAAAUCCCCUCAAAUAUUCAAAGAGAUAAGAGAGGGUUUGAUGAAGUACCUUACGGAUCUACUUGGGAAUGAUCACAUUGCAGCACAGUUCCUGUUAUUGCAUCUACUCUCAAAGGUGCAUGGAAGAGUAGAUAAUGUUGCUGUCGGGAAGCUUUCACUGAACCUCAUACACCUUAAUAAAGAAAGCAUGUCCAUCUUCGGUACUCAGCUCAGCAAUGCCCUCAAAAGCCUCCUACCAUUCACACAGUCCAUUCCACUUACUAUUGAGUAUCUGAACACUACUUCCCUCGGUCCCAAGAAAGAUUAUGGAAUUAACAGAUUGGUGCCUGGAGUUCUACAAAUUGCUGAUGGUACGCACUUGAUAUUGGACGAAACAGAGUUGCAACCUGGCACCUUGAACUCUGCUGGAGUUGAGAAUGCAGAGCUGCUUAAAAACCUCACGGAAUGUCAAAAGGUGGAGUAUGAUUUCCAGUAUUAUAAAAUGGAAAUGGCUACUGAUGCUCAAAUGCUCAUCUUCUCUGAGGGAAAAUCAAACAUAAUGCCCGCUGAUUUGGUUCUGCCUUUUCAACCUUCGCAAGUGAGUUCACUACAAGUCAUCACACCAGAAACAGCAGAAGCUUGGAGGUGUUACUUAGCUACUUGCAAAUCGUUAUCUCACUCCAUUGGGCAAGAACUGCAACAGGUAGUGGAGAAUGAUUUGGUUGCAGCAAGGCAAACGGAUCGUAGCUUAGGUAGCCAAGACUUGAGCAGAUUGUUGACAAUGGCUCGCAUGAUGUCUGUGAGCUAUGGUGAGACUACGCUUUCACAGGAGCACUGGCAAAUGGUGUUGGAACUAGAAAGGCUCAGAAAGGAGAGGCUCAAGUAA